AAGGAGUGACUUACAGCUGCAUUGCCUUCAGAGUUAUUUGAAACACGACAGGAAAAAUCUGAAGCUGAAGUAAAAUGGCUACAACUGAAGAAUUUACUGCCAUGGCUACAACUUCCUACUACGACUAUGAUUAUGACUACACUGAUGAAGUGUGCAACAAAACAGCCGUCAUUCAGUUCGGAGCUCACCUCACCCCAGUCAUCUUCUCCAUUGUGGUGAUCUUCAGUCUGUUUGGCAACAUCCUGGUCAUUGUGAUUCUAGCCAGAUAUGAGAAUCUCAAAUCUCUCACCAACGCCUUCAUCCUGAACCUGGCUGUAUCAGAUCUCUUCUUCACCACAGGUUUACCUUUCUGGGCAUACUACGACAUGAAUGGAUGGACUUUUGGGGACUUUGCAUGCAAAUCAGUCAACUUCAUCUUCUAUGUUGGCUUCUACAGCAGCGGUAUUCUCCUCAUCCUGAUGACUGCUCACCGUUAUGCAGCUGUAAUGUAUCCUCUGUCAGGCGUUGUGUCCAUCACAGGUAGCUACAGUGUCCUCCUAUGUUUGGCUGUUUGGGUUGUUAGUUUAUUGAUUGCCAGCCCAUCCUUCAUCUUCACCAAAGUCCAACAAGAGAACCGCUGUGAGUAUGCAGAGUCCUACUGGAGCUUGUGGGGAAUCUACGUGCAGAAUUUCCUCUUCAUAGUUAGUUCAUUGGUGUUCGUGAUCUGCUAUUCACAGAUCACCUGCCGACUGCUGCGCCCAACUGCCCAAAGAAGAAAGAACAAAACCUUAAAGCUUAUUUUAUGCUAAUGGUUGUUUUCUUUGUGGGCUGGGCUCCUUACAAUAUUGUAAUAUUCCUACAGUCUAUGCGUUCCUGGCCAAAACCACCUGCUGACUCGAAGACUGUCGCUGGAAGCUGUGUCCCAUCAGAACAGCUGGAUUAUGCCUUUUACAUUAGCCGACUAUUUGCCUUUUUGCAUUGCUGCCUCAACCCUGUGUUUUAUGUGUUUGUGGGGGUAAAAUUCAGAAACCACUUGAAGAAAAUGUUGAAGGGCUAUAGCAACCGCAGUAGCAGCUUCCGAAAUAGGCAACGACUCACGAUUACAUCCAUUACAAGCGAUGAGUGAUGAGUUCUCGAUGUAGUUGAUAAGAGAGCAGAUGUAAGACUAGAACUCCAGGUUUUAUCAAGUGAAAGAAAAAACUAUUCAAAAUCACAUCAGCAUAUAAAAAAACAGCUGGAAAUCCAAGCCUGUGACAUAACAUUAUGAGGUCCAUCCAAAAUCAUAGAUAAUGAUGGUAUGAGUAAAUAUUUCAUUGACACACUUUGCCAAAAGGUGUCCUAUGCCACUGUCACUGCCUGUUAAUGUUGACAAGACCAGUAGAUCAUGAUCCCAUGACGCCAGUUCCACCCUGAUCCCAAGUUUUAGCCAUUUAAAAAAUUACAGGUAUCCCGACGCUUGUCUCAUUACAGAAUGAUUUUGUUUUGUUUAGCAACCAUUGCUGCCUUGCUAGCUAACACUUAUCUCAACUGAGUGAUAGUUGAAUCAGAUGCAACAUGCUCAAUGCUUUGGAGAAAGGCUUGUAUUGAUACGCUGGCUUUUUAACCCUCUGGUUAUGUUGCGGGUCAAAUUGACCCAUUUUUAAUUUUAAAAAUAUUUAAAAAAUUGUUGAAAGUAUUUUUUCGAUAUGAAAUUUAUUCUGCUUGGCUAAAUUAGCGUAAUAAACAUAUGACGUGAAAAUGGUUCAUUUAACAUAUUGCAUCCUGCAUCUUUAUAUUACAGCAAUGAUGUUCAGGGGCCAAUUUGACCGGGCAGUCAAAGUGGAGGCUUAAAGUGGUCAGAAGUUUCAAAUACUAUUGGUUUCUGCAACUCUUUCCAUUUAAGACAAUAUAUGUCCUCCAAAUCUGCUAAAUGCAGCGGAAAAAUCUGGGCAGCAUGUGACAGAGGAGGUGUCUAAUGAAUUUAUCAACAUCACCUCAUAAAAAGAAAAACAUUUAAAGUACAAAAUAAAAUACCCGAAAAACUAUGUCACGUAAAACUAUUGUAUUUAUAUGUAGGUAUUUCUUAUGAACAUUUAAAAAAAAUGUAACAUGAAUUUUCCUGAAAAACAAGUGAGUUAUCCGCAUUGAACCAUGAUCUGUGAGAAUUAAAGAACAUCAUUGCACUAAAUAUUGAUUUAAAUGGUUAGUAAUGGAGUUUAUAAUGAGAUUAUAUAAAAAGUUUAUCGGGAUUUUUUUGGAUUCUGACACUUUUGGAUAUUUGAAUAUUACCCAGGUCAAAUUUACCCAGAACAUUAUCCUCUACAUCUUUCUUUAAAAGGAUUUUUAAAUGGUUUGUAUUUAGUUAACAAACCUGCUGGUGGCUUUAUAGGUCUGUAGUCAGUAAGUUUAAUGCUAACAUCAGCAUUCCAACACGCCUACACACACUUAUGACAGUGUAUACACUCAGUGAUGACUGUAUGUGUAAGGUUGUGUAAUGGUAAGGCUUUUAACAUGUAAUGUAUUGUGUUUGAUCAAAUGUUAUCAGAAAGUUUACAGUCAAAUGUGUCUGUAAUAGAGAAAAUGGUUGUCUAUGCUAUUGUGCAUGUGUAGCUGAACGCUUGUCAAGUUUUCCACAGUGAUCUUUUUGAUCAUUUAUCUAUUAUAUUUUCACUAUGUAGUCUUUAUCACUUGUACUUUAAAAUAUAUUGUUGUUAUUAGUUGCUUUUUCAUAUGACAUGAUUUUAUCUUUACUAUGAAAUAAACAUCAAGUUAAAGGUC